CACAUGAAACUGAGCAACCAAACUCAGCUUUCAGAAUUCCUUCUCCUGGGAUUCUCGGAGGACCCAGCAGUGCAGCAUAUAAUAUUCGGGCUGUUCCUCUCCAUGUAUGUGAUCUGUGUCAUUGGGAACCUGCUCAUCAUCCUGGCCAUCCUUUCAGACCCACGCCUCCACACACCCAUGUACUUCUUCCUCUCCAACCUGUCAUUCGUGGAUGUCUGCUUCACUACCACCACCGUCCCUAAGAUGCUGGUGAACAUCCAGACACAGAACAGAGCCAUCAGCUAUGAAGGCUGCCUCACACAGAUGUUCUUCUUCAUAAUCUUUGCAGAAUUAGAUGACUUUUUGCUGGCUGUAAUGGCCUAUGACCGCUUUGUGGCCAUCUGUCACCCCCUGCACUACAUGGUGAUCAUGAAUCCUAGACUCUGUGUGCAGCUGGUUCUGUUGUGCUGGACCAUUAGUGUCCUGCUUGCAAUACUACACAGCUUACUUGUGGUGAGGCUGAGCUUCUGCACACACCUGGAAAUCCCUCACUUUUUCUGUGAGUUGAAUCAGGUGGUCCACAAAGCCUGUUCUGACACCUUUCUCAAUGACCUCAUAAUGUAUCUUGCAGCUGUGUUGCUGUUGGUUGGUCCCCUGACUGGGAUCCUGUACUCCUACUCUAAGAUUGCCUCCUCCAUCUGUGCCAUCUCGUCAAAACAGGGCAAGUAUAAAUCCUUUUCCACCUGUGCCUCUCACCUCUCUGCCAUCUCCCUAUUUUAUGGCACAAGCAUAGGUGUGUACCUCAGUGCCAGCGCUGCCCCAAGUUCAGCCUCUACAGCAGCUGCCUCGGUGAUGUACACUGUGGUCACUCCCAUGCUGAACCCCUUCAUCUACAGCCUGAGGAACACAGACAUGAAGAGGGCUAUAAAAAGACUAACAAGUAGGGCCAGCACAUGCAAGGUCCCGUACUGA